AUGUCAUUUCUUCGCGGCUUGAACUGGGCUGCCCAAAGCCUAGGUUCGGCUGGAUACUAUCCUUACUUCGAACACUUUGGACGAGUCUUUUCUUUACUUCCCAACGACCCGACAGUCAAUUACAAUAAUGCGACCAAGCCUAUAUCCGAAUCCAAGACUGCUAGAGACCACGUCUCUUGGGCGAAAGUCCAGCAUGGUGACGGUUACGAAGUUUCCAGACGGGGCCGAACGAUCAUGAUAACUCUGAAUCGGCCAAACCAGGGAAACGCACUCACCCUCGACCUUACCAUCGACCUUACAGCGGUUUUUCUGAGAUACUCUAGCGAUAGUUCAAUCCAUCGUAUCAUCCUCACAGCUCGAGGGCGGUACUUCUGCACUGGAAUGCACCUCCAAGAGGACUUGUUCACGUCACCCGCAUACCGAGGUUCGGCACUCCAAGAUCUCUUCAAGGCUAUCGACACGUGUCCAAAGACGACGAUUGCAGUUAUCAACGGACCAGCCUUCGGCGGAGGCGUUGGCUUGGCUAUGGUCUGCGACAUACGUCUAGCAAUGGAAAAUGCCUACUUUUGCCUGAGUGAGGCGAAGCUAGGAUUGUGCCCUGCAGUUGUGUGCCGGUAUCUGUUGCGGGAAUGGGGGAUCAGCCUGGUCAGAAUGGCCAUGUUGAGGGCAACGAAAGUCCAACCGCAAGCGUUAUCGAAUAUCGGGGUGAUUCACGGAAUCGCAAAGGACCAAUUAGAUCUGGAUAAUGCCCUCGAAGGGUUAUUGUCGGAUUUGAUGCUCGUCGCACCCCAGGCAUCCACGAACAUCAAAAAGUUGCUCGCGGAGGCCGUUGCCGAUGAUCACGCGAUGGACACUUUAGCUCUAGACUUAUUCCAAAACAUGUUCGAGGAGAAUUCAGAGGCGAGAUACGGUGUUGCACAGUUCCGGGAGGGCAAUAGAAAUGUGAAUUGGGAUAAUACCACUGUAGAAUACAUCAGCCACUUAGACAAAUAA